AUGAAUCAAACCAAUCAAACUAACUCUACAAAUCCAAUAAUCUCAAACCCAGAUUCAAGUACCAUCAUCAUCAGUUCAACUUCUGAUACUUUGCUAUCAUCUUAUGCAGUUUAUCGUGGUUCCAAGAAAAAUAAGAAACCAUUAAACGAAAAACAAGCUGAGAUCUUAGUAGAAUUGAUUUCUAAGAUCGAACAUCAAUGUGAGAUUGAUGCUGAUUGGCAAGCUGAACGGAUUUGGUUAUUAGGAAAUCCAGAUGAUCCGAAUGAACAUGGAAUUGCGUAUGCUCUUCUAAUCCGAAACAAAUCAGGUGAUCUUAAACAGAUUUGGAAAUCUAUCACCAAGGGUGUCAAUCGUCGUCGAUCAGCUGCUGUUCAAAGAGGUGAACCUAGUCCAUCUUUGAUCAAAACUUCAAUUCGAACUCAUCAAGACUCUAUGACUCGAGAUGACUCAACUUCUAAUUCAAAUCAAAUCAACUCACAUCAUCCAUCUUCAACUAAAGACGCGUCAAUCUCACUUCCGGACCGUUCAACUUCUCCUACCGCUUUGCCUGCUCCAUCCGCUCAUUCAUCUUCCUUAACACAUUCACCAAUCCAACAUCGAGCAUUAACUCUGAAACGUUCUCAUUUCUCAAAUCAAUCCUUUUCACCAUCGGAUUUCGAAAUCACUGGAACCUUUUUAUUAUGGUCUCCGUCGCCAUCGAGAUUAGGAAGAAAACCCAUUAAUAAUAGUGAUAUCUUGGAAUUACCUCCUAUCAUCUCUGAUCGAUUCAUCAAUCUCUUCAAGGGUUUAAAAUAUCAUGAAACGAUCAUCACUCAACUUAGACUCAAACGCAUCACCAUUCCUGAUGGACUCAUCAGAAGAUGUCAUCUUGCAAGACAAGCUCUUGAGAGACCUUGGUCUUAUUUUCAAGAGCAAUUCAUAAACGCGCGAUCGGAAUAUAAUAAAGACAAACUCUUGAAGAGACCAUUCCAAACACCGGCUAUGGUCAUUCCAUUCCAUGACCUAGCUAGCGCCAUACAAGAAAGAGAUCAAUACCAACAAGAGGCUUUAGUAAAGGCUCGUCUGUAUUGUAAUGAUCCUUCACUCAAGGCUCGAUUGUCAAUGUUCACCGAUGAUCCUGAGUUUGACGCGGAUAGUUGGGCUCAGGAGUCUUCUGAAAGAGAUUCUCAAUGGGCUCAAUGUAAACAGAUUGAACACACUCCCUUCAUAAGGGCUAUCUCACCUCCAGCCAUCUCAAAUCCAGAUCCAACAGAGGAACCAAAGGAUUCAGAUCAUCAUCCGGCUUCUGAUCUCGAACCUAUCAACAUCGCUCGAUUACCUUCUACACCUACUCACUCUAUCGAGAACCCAAGCAACCUGACCUCGCCUGUUGCCAUUCCACCUGCUGAAGAUGAAGAUGAACGUCCUGUUAGCUCGGUUGGUCAAUCUGCUAAAGCUCUAGAAAGUUCAAAUCGAAUCACAAAACCUUUGACCAAUGACCAGAUACCUGCUGGCGUCACGUCAUCCGACCCCCCGUUAUCUGUUUCGACUUCGCGUCUGUCCAACGUAUUCAAUGAACCCAACCGACCCCCUCCCUCUGCGCACCUGCCCAAUCUUGAAUCUUCCCUUCAAUCAAGCGGAUCUCUAAAGCGACGCGCAUCUUCCGUGCCAUUAAGCACCAACGUCCCCAUGAUCCCAUGGAACACGGCUUCCCAUCUGCCUUCAAGUGUACAACUACCCUGCAUGGCCUCCCUAUCAUUAACUUCGCCGGACCCGGUUUCCAAAGCACCACUUCCUGAUACCGCCACAAAGUCGCCAGCUGGGUCAGUUUCAUUGAUCGAGUCACGUGAUCCCACCUGUGAUGGACGGAGCAAGGAAAACUCGAUAGACCUUACCAGUCCUGAUCUAAACCGAGGCGGCCGAUCACUUGUGGUUUCUGGUAUCAGAUCAGACCCAGCUCAAGACAAUAGCUUUAGGCAAAGUCCGUUUACCCUACAUGCAUACAAUGACGGACCUUUUGCUGGACCAAGAUCCGACGAUCAAUCUACCAACCCAUCAUUAGCUCAGGUUUCAGACCCUAGAUCAGAUUCAAGCUCCAAAAAACCCGACUUACAACGCGCUUUAUUCUUGUUAGAUGGUUCCGAUACUUCUUCAUCAGCACUCAAUCCAACUAACGACUCUGUAAGUUCAACCGUCUCCCAGGCAUCUGGUCAUGGUCAGGAUCGUAGCCAUGCUGCUGCUUCAUCGUUCCAAUCCACUUCAUCCGUCCAUCAAUCCUAUCAACCUCUGCCUGGCCAAUCCCAUCCAUUCCCUAGGGUGAACGUACCGGAUACACAACCGCUCAGAAGGCGUUCUGACAUCAACAACGAUGCUGUAUUACAAACCCGACAGCAAUAUGCACAUUACCAGCAUGCCUUGUCCAACAUGGCUCAACCUUCUGGGUCACAUCUCAGUCCGACUCUUCAAUCAAAACAGUCCUCACCUCAGAUGCUUCCACCACCUUCUCCAAACCCUUUGUCUAAUCUAUGGACUUUGAAUCAACCUUCUUCGAUUCGACGACCUAACAAGCCAAAUGAAGCCACUAUGACUGUUGAACAACUCUUGGAAUAUGUGAGUGGGUUUUGUAUAAGUUUUGAAGGUCAAGUGGAUAGACCGUUUCUUUCGUUUGAAACGGUUGAACAACUCUUUAUUCUCGAGCGGCUUUAUAGUAUAGAUCAAGCCAACCUUUUGAAAAAUUAUCAAAACCUUUUGAAUCAACAUCCAAAUGUAUUUGAACAAAUCAAACGAGAUUAUCAAGAUAGAAGAAUCUAUCUUAUGAAAGAAUUUGAUUGUCUUUUGGAGAAUUUGAACAGAGGAACGUUGAUGAGACCGAAUGUGACACCACAAGAAAGAGAACAGCAAUUAGUUCAUUUUCGAUUGGUCCGGCAACGUAAGGCACAGCAAAUGCAACAACGGCAACAGCAACCACCACAGCAAAUACAACCACAGCAAAUGCAUCCACAGCAAAUGCAUCCACAGCAAAUGCAAAUGCAGCGCGAAUGGGAACGGGCACAAAUGCAACGACAACAACAACAGCGGCGGCUUCAGCAGCAACAACAAUAUCAGCAGCAACAACAACAACAUCAGCAGCAGCAGCAACAACCACAACCGCAACUGCAACACCAUCAACAUCCACAUCCACAUCCACAUCCACAUCCACAUCCACAUCAACAUCAACAUCAACAUCAACCUCAGCAGCAGCAACAAUUUCAACAAUUUCAACAACAUCCACCAUUACAAUUCUCACCGUCUGCUCAAAGCGGCGCUCAUCUACUUUCACCUAACCCACAUCAACAAGUUCAUCGAGCUGGACCAAACAGUAUUCAAGCACCAUUUCACUCACCACCUAUUCUACCUGCUCAACAACCGCAAUUUCAGCAACAACAGCAACAGCAACAGCAGCAGCAGCAGCAGCAGCAACAGCAACAGCAACAGCAGCAGCAACAGCAACGGAGAUCAAUUCCAUCACCUGGUCCUAGUUCGUUUGGACCUGUUCAACUACCACCACGUCCACAACCACCAGGAUCAAUUCCUUCACCUGGUCCUACACCACCAUUACCACCACCACAAGUUCAUUCGCCUACGAUCACAUUUGGAAAACCUUCUUCAAGAAUGACUUUUCCGAUUCCUACUGCGGUGAAUUCUUAUUUGUCUUCUACUGUGACGGCUCAUCCGUAUGCAGUGAAGAUGAUCGAACCACCUGUAGUCUAUAGUGCUGAACCAAGACCGAGGACUUAUUCGAAUGUGAAUGUGAAUGUGAAUCGAUCUAGAAUGAGUUAUGGUACUGAAGAAGAGAUUAGAAGACAGGUUUUGGGAUCGGGAUCGGUUGGGUUGAUGAAGUCGAAUGGGUUGGGGUCUUUGGAUUUAUCGGAUCGGGAUCGGGAUAGGGAUAGGGAUCAUGGAGAAUUGGGUGGUUCGAGAAUGUCAAUGUCCUCUGAUCAGACUACUGGGGUUAUAGUGGGUGGGAUUGGACAAAACGAAAAUGGAAAAAGGAAGAGAGUAGUGAUUGAAAUAGAUCAAGACGAAGAAGAAUCAGAAGGAAUAGAAAGUGAACGAAGACAGAAGAUUGCCAAGGUUUAUGAAAUUUCAAAUCAAGAAGAAGGAGAUGAUGACGAGAUUGAGAUUGUAAAAGGCAAAGAAAAAGGAAAAGAAAAAGAAGAGAACUUGAUGAGAAAGGAAGUAGAUGGGGACCAAGAAGAAGAAGAAGUUGGAAUUGAAGUUGUCAGAGGUUUAGAGAUUCAAGAAAAGCAGCAAAAGAAUGAAAAGUUUAUAAAUGAUUUGAAAGGAUUGAGAGAUGAACAUCUUAGGAUGAUUAGGUUUCUUGAUUCAUUAGGAUUGAAUGAAUGA